AUGUCUCUUUCAUCAUUCAGACAGAUCAUAUCAAAGGUGUUCAAUCACACCUCACAGCAACAGGUCACAGCCAACAUUGCCAAGGAGCGUAUGCAGAGCUUCCUUCGUGAUCAACGUGGUGUCCGUUCACUCAAAGAUGAGAACCUCAAUCAGAUAAAGGGAGAGGUGCUGCAAGUUGUAUCUAAAUAUUGGAAGGUCAAUAUGAAUGAUGUUACAUUCUCAUUUAGAAAGAGCGAUGAUAGGAGCGACUUGGACGUGUUUGAGAUGCAGGUCACAUUGCCAUCAGAUCUGUUUGCUUCACCUGUCACUGCAACUGCAUCAUCACCUCAAUCACAAAAGUUAACACUUUAA